AUGGUAAAAAGAGCAAGCGCCGUCAAUGGAGAUGCGUCUGGUGCUCAUAGAGCUAAGAAAAUGUCCAAGACUCAUGCCUCUCAUAUUAUAAACAACCAAGAAGACUAUAGACAUAUGUAUUUAAGUGUUCAGCCGUUAGACAUUUUUUGCUGGGGUACCGGUUCUAUGUGUGAACUUGGUUUAGGUCCACUAGCUAAGAACAAGGAAGUUAAAAGGCCAAGAUUGAAUCCAUUUUUACCUCGCGAUGAGGUGAAGAUUAUUUCUUUCGCGGUUGGUGGUAUGCACACUUUAGCCCUCGAUGAAGACAGCAAUGUUUGGUCCUGGGGCUGCAACGACGUGGGAGCUUUGGGUAGAGAUACUUCCAACGCUAAGGAGCAACUAAAGGACAUGGACGCAAGCGAUUUAAGUGACGAUGAAGAUGGUGAUUUGAACGAAUUAGAAUCCACGCCAGCUAAAAUACCAAGAGACUGUUUUCCACCUUUAACGAAGGGUCACAAGAUUGUGCAAUUGGGAGCCACGGAUAACAUGAGUUGCGCCUUAUUCAGCAAUGGUGAAGUGUAUGCAUGGGGGACUUUCCGCUGUAAUGAAGGAAUCUUGGGAUUUUACCAAGAGAAAAUCAAAAUUCAAACGACCCCAUGGAAAUUGCCUACUUUCUCCAAGUUCAAUAUCGUUCAAUUAGCUCCUGGUAAGGAUCACGUGCUUUUUCUGGAUGAAGAAGGUAUGGUGUUCGCUUGGGGUAACGGCCAACAGAACCAAUUAGGAAGAAAAGUUAUGGAAAGAUUUCGUUUGAAGACUUUGGAUCCUAGACCAUUUGGAUUAAGACAUGUAAAAUACAUUGCAUCAGGGGAAAAUCAUUGUUUCGCCCUGACAAAGGAUAACAAGUUAGUCAGUUGGGGAUUGAACCAAUUUGGUCAGUGUGGUGUUUCGGAGAAUGUGGAAGAUGGUGCACUUGUUACUAAACCGAAAAAGCUACCAUUGCCUGAGGAUGUUAUAGUCAGAAGCAUUGCUGCUGGUGAACAUCAUUCAUUAAUCUUAUGUCAAGAUGGCGAUCUGUACUCCUGCGGUAGAUUGGAUAUGUUUGAAGCUGGCAUUCCAAAAAGCGAUUUGCCUGAGUAUACUUACAAUGACGUUCAUGGAAAGGCCCGUGCCAUACCACUUCCAACAAAGCUGAAAAACGUUCCUAAGUUCAAAGCCGUUGCCGCGGGGUCUCAUCAUUCGAUUGCAGUUGCUCAGAAUGGUAUUGCCUAUUCUUGGGGCUUUGGCGAGACCUAUGCUGUUGGAUUAGGUCCAUCUGAAGAUGAUACUGAAGUUCCAACUAGAAUUAAAAAUACCGCAACCCAGGACCAUAGCAUCGUUUUGAUCGGAUGUGGAGGUCAGUUUUCUGUAUCUGGUGGAGUAAAAUUGUCCGACGAAGAAGCUGAAAAGAGAGCCGACGAAAUGGAAGAUUAG